AUGGCUCCAGGCACUAAUAGAAAUGAGAGAAAUGUCUUUUUUUUCUUUCUUUUUUUUCUUGGUGAGACUUUGAUUUUUCUUCCUCUUUUUUCAUUUUCUUUUUUUCUUAGCUCACCUCCACCACGGGCACUCCCGCCAUCUCCCUCUCUUGUUUCCUCCUCCUCCUCCCUUUUUACUUCUUUUGUAGCUGCUGCAGCAGCAGCAGCAGCCCACCGGUUCCACGAGCAAAUGGCACCAACCACACCAAUCUUGUGUGAGCUUCUCUUCAACUGUUCGAUGUGGGUUGCGUUUUCUUUGCCUCGAUCACCACCACCACCACCAACAACAACAACGGAGGCAGUAGUGGAGGAGGAAGAGGACGACGGCGAGGAAGCAAGAGUCCAUCAUACGCUUCUUUCUUUUCUUUUUUCCCUUGCUUUUCAAUCAUUCGUUCAUUUUUCAUAUUUUUUCAUUCAUUUGUUUGAUUUCUAUUCUUUUUCAAUUCUGACAAUUUUUCUUUACUUUUCCCUUUUCACUUUUUCUUUUUAA